AUGGGGGCAGAUGUGAUUAAUUUUGACGGGCAGGGGGUGAUCUCUUACCGCUUCAAAAUGAAGAAGAUGAAAAUUUUGAAGGACGUGAUAGCCCUGAAGUUUAAAACAUCAGAGAGUGAAGGGGUGAUUCUGCACGGAGAGGGGCAACAGGGUGACUACAUUACCUUGGAGUUGAGGAGAGGCCGGCUACUGCUGCAGAUAAACCUCGGAAGUAAUCAGUACGGCUCCAUCCUGGGCCAUACAUCUGUGACUAGCGGCAGUCUGCUGGACGAUCAUCAUUGGCAUUCUGUAGUAAUUGAGCGCUACAGGAGAAAUGUCAAUUUCACCCUUGAUCAGCAUACUCAGCACUUCCGCACCAAUGGGGAGUUUGACCACCUUGACCUGGACUAUGAGCUGACUUUCGGAGGAAUGCCUUAUUCUGGUAAGCCAGUCUCAGGAGGUAGAAGAAACUUCAAAGGCUGCAUGGAAAGCAUCAACUACAAUGGAGAGAACAUCACUGACCUGGCCAGAAGAAAAAAACUGGACUCUUCUAAUUUCCGCAACCUGACGUUCUCCUGCUUGGACACGCACACGUUCCCCGUCUUCUUCAAUGGCACCAGCUUUCUGCAGCUGCCAGGAAGAAGGGACCACAAUAUAGUGUCUGUGGGAUUCCAGUUCCGUACCUGGAACCCCAGCGGCCUGCUCCUGUUCAGCUCCUUGGCAGAUGGAAUGCUAGAAUUGGCUCUAAACGAUGGAAAAGUCACAGUGCACAUUAAUGUCACUCAGCAGAAAAACAUGCGCGUGGACAUUGCAUCAGGUUCUGGUCUGAAUGAUGGAGAAUGGCAUGAUGUUCGUUUCCUGGCCAAAGAGAAUUUUGCCAUGCUGACCAUUGAUGGGGACGAAGCAUCAGCUGUGAGAACCAACUCACCUGUCCAGAUCACAACAGGAAGCACGUACCACUUUGGAGGUUAUUUUUUAAGAACCAGAGCAUCUCCUGUCCAGCGCUCAUUCCAGGGCUGCAUGCAGCUCAUUCAGGUGGACGAUCAGCUGGCUGACCUAACCGCAGUGGAGCAGGGAAGGAUGGGAGCCUUUGAGAACGUCAGCCUGGACAUGUGUGCCAUCAUUGACAGAUGUAUGCCAAACCACUGUGAACAUGGAGGCCGAUGCAGUCAGACCUGGGACGGCUUCACAUGCUCCUGUGAUGGGACGGGAUACACAGGAGCCACCUGUCACACAUCUGUCUAUGAGCAGUCCUGUGAGGCCUACAAGCAUUUGGGGAGAUCAUCUGAUUCCUACUGGAUUGACCCAGAUGGAAGCGGACCAUUAGGUCCUUUUAAAGUCAUCUGCAACAUGACAGAGGACAAGGUUUGGACGAAUGUGGUGAAUAACCUACCGGCGCAGACAGCGGUGACUGGCUCCAGCCGGGAGAGACGGAUGGUACUGCAGCUGAACUACAGUGCCUCUGUGGAGCAGGUCACAGCUAUAACCAACAGUGCUGAACACUGCGAGCAGCACGUAGCCUACGCCUGCCGAAUGUCACGCCUACUCAACACACCAGAUGGGACUCCUUACACGUGGUGGGUCGGCCGCGGUAACGAGAAGCACUUUUACUGGGGCGGCUCUGUGCCGGGCAUUCAGAAAUGUGCAUGUGGCAUUGAGCGCAACUGCACCGACUCCAAAUACUACUGCAACUGUGACGCCGACCAGAAGCAGUGGAGGGACGAUUCCGGGAUUCUGGUAUAUAAAGACCACUUACCGGUCAGCCAAGUGGCUGUUGGGGACACAAAUCGACCCGGCUCAGAGGCCAAGCUGACCGUGGGACCUCUCCGUUGCUAUGGAGACCGAAGCUAUUGGAACGCGGCAUCAUUCAACACGCCAUCCUCGUACCUGCACUUCUCCACUUUUCAAGGAGAAACGAGUGCUGAUAUCUCCUUUUACUUCAAGACCUCUGCUCCCUAUGGCGUGUUCCUGGAAAACCUUGGAAACACGGAUUUCAUCCGUCUGGAGUUGAAAUCCCCCACGGUGGUGUCGUUUUCGUUCGAUGUAGGAAACGGGCCGGUGGAACUGAACGUGCACUCUCCUACCCUGCUGAACGAUGACCAGUGGCACCGGGUCAGUGCAGAGAGGAGCACGAAAGAGGCAAUUCUGCAACUAGACCAGAAAUACCAGGAGGUCAGACCUGCUCCUACACAGGGACACACACGCCUGGAGCUCUACAGCCAGCUUUAUGUGGGUGCAGCUGGAGGUCAGAGAGGAUUUCUUGGAUGUAUCCGCUCUCUGAAGAUGAACGGGGUGACCCUUGACUUAGAAGAGAGGGCAAAAGUCACUCCUGGUGUAAAACCUGGCUGUUCGGGUCACUGCACCAGUUUUGGGAUGUAUUGCCGUAAUGGCGGCAAGUGUGUGGAGAAAUACAACGGCUAUUCCUGUGACUGCUCCACCACUGCUUAUGAUGGGCCUUUCUGUUCAAAAGAUGUUGGUGGUUACUUUGAGGCAGGAACACUGGUCAAGUAUAAUCUGGUACCUGAAGUGGUCGCUGCAGCUUCCAGCCUGGAUGAGAAGAGCGUAAUCCACAACCUUCCUGUCGAGACCAACCUGACACGUGAAGAUCUGACCUUCAGCUUCAGCACCUCCACUUCACCCAGCCUUCUGGUCUAUGUCAGCUCGAAAACCCAGGAUUACAUGGCCGUGGUGCUCCGUCAAAAUGGUUCCCUGCAGCUGCGGUACAGCUUGGGUGGUCUCAGAGAACCCUUCAGUAUCGACAUUGACCAGAGGAACUUGGCCAAUGGGCAGCCCCACACCGUCAACAUCUCGCGGGUGGAGAGAGACAUAGAAGUGCAGCUGGAUCAUUAUCCUCCCGUCAGCUACACCCUGCCUGAAGCCUCAGACACGCAGUUCACCCUGGUCAAGUCACUCUUCCUGGGUAAAGUCUUUGAAACCGGUUACAUCGAUCCGGUGCUUAUAGAAAAAUACAACACACCCGGGUUUGUGGGUUGCCUGUCCAGAGUGCAGUUCAACAGCAUUGCUCCUCUGAAAGCCGCUCUCAGGUCCCGUGGUUCUGCACCCGUCUCACACCAGGGUAAACUGGUGGAAUCCAACUGCGGAGCAUCACCCCUCACGAUCUCUCCCAUGUCUGCUGCAACCGACCCGUGGCACCUAGACGCAGGUGCUGAUUUCCCCUUCAAUGAGGAAAGAGUGAUACCGGAUGGAGUAAAUAGGAAUUCAGCUAUAAUAGGGGGUAUCAUAGCAGUGGUGAUCUUCACUAUUCUGUGCACGCUGGUGUUUCUGAUCCGGUACAUGUUCCGCCAUAAAGGCACCUACCACACCAACGAGGCCAAGGGGGGAGAGUCGUCAGAGUCAGCCGACGCGGCCAUUAUCGGCACCGAGCCCAAUUUCACAGAGACCAUCGACGAAAGCAAGAAAGAAUGGUUCAUAUAAUGGGCGUGUACAGACUCUUUCCGAAUCUUUUUUUGAGUAUCAGAACUAAUGUUUUGGGAUCAAGCUCAUCACCAGUUUAAGAAACUGUCCUGUACAUAGUGACAGGCUUGUCUCUUUCUAUUGUGUUUUGGCAGAAGUCUUUUAAGUGUGUAAUCUCUGGAUCACAUGUUAAUAAAUCAUUUCACUAUGUGUGUUUUUUUUUUUUUUACAGAAACAUAAUUAUUUGCCAAAAUCCUCUUUUAUGGAAAAUUGUAAUGUAAGUUUAAUCAUUUUCUUCAUGUGUUCUUUUGCUUAAUCUUACAAAAAGUCCUCGUGUGGAAAAUGUUUAGACAGACUGUAAUUGUUAAAUGCUCUAUAUGAAUAUUUUUAUUUAAUUUAUUGCACCAAUGACAGAGAUAUAAU